CAACCCCCAAUAAAUAUGAGACUGGGGAUGUCUGAGGCUCAUUCUGCCCUCGAGCCCACCAGGAACGAAAGAGAGCUCCAUCUGUCCUCCAGGAACCCAGCUAUGAACUCCCUCUCCACAAGCGCCUUCAGUCCAGUUGCCUUCUCCCUGGGGCUGCUCCUGGUGGUGGCUACUGCUUUCCCCACUCCACUAUCUCUGGGAGAAGAUUCCAAAGAUGAUACCACCUCAAAUAGACCACUACUCACCACUGCAGACAAAACUGGACACCACAUUAAGUACAUCCUCGACAAAAUCUCUGCCCUGAAAAAGGAGAUGUGUAACAAUUUUAGCAAGUGUGAAAACAGCAAGGAGAUACUAGCAGAAAACAACCUGAACCUUCCAAAGAUGGCAGAAAAAGAUGGAUGCUUCCAAUCUGGGUUCAAUCAGGAGAACUGCCUGAAGAAAAUCACCACCGGCCUGUCAGAGUUUCAGAUAUACCUGAAGUACCUCCAGAACCAGUUUAAGAGCGAAAACGAAAACGCCAAGACUAUACAGAUCAGUACCAAUGCCCUGGUCAAGAUGCUGAAGCAAAAAAUAAAGAAUCCAGAUGAAGUAACCUCUCCUGACCCAACUGAAAACACCAGCCUGCUGGAGAAGCUGCAGUCGCAGAAUGAGUGGCUGAAGAACACGACAAUUCACCUCAUCCUUCGAAGCCUUGAGGAUUUCCUGCAGUUCAGCCUGAGAGCUGUUCGCAUAAUGCAACCUUAAACCUACGACAACCUAAGAAUUGUCGUAGUUCAUGAGUAUUCCUUCGUCUGGUCAGAAACCUGUCCACUGGGCACACGACUUAUGUUGUUCUCUAUGAAGAACUAAAAGUAUGAGCGUUAGGACACUAUUUUAAUUAUUUUUAAUUUAUUGAUAUUUAAAUAUAUAAUGUUGAGUUAAUUUAUAUAAGUAUUAGAUAUUUAUAUUUUUAUGAAGUGCCACCUGAAAUAUUUUAUGUAUUAGUUUUGAAAUAAUAACGUAAAAUGGCUAUGCAGCUUGAAUGUCCUCAUUGUUUCAGAGCCGCAUCAUUUCUUGGAAUGUGUAGGCUUACCUCAAGUAAAUUGCUAACUUAUACAUAUUUUUAAAGGAAAUAUUUAUAU